AUGAACGCACACCACAAGAAGGCGAGCUACAGACCGCCGCCGCCUUCCGACCGCUCGCGUUACUCGGCAGGCGAGCUCCUCAUCCCGGGCAAGGUCGAGGAAGGCGAGACCACUUCAGCACUCGCACGGGCAAGGCUGGGAAAGGCGGUGGAACGCAUUCCGUUCGGCUGGCAGCUCGAAGCGAUCAUCCCUUCAACAGCUGCGAGCACUUCCGCUGCACUUGCUACGACAUUGGAGGGGGCACUGCAGGCGAGCGGAAGCUUUACCAUGUGCGAGGGCGUCAACCUGGGCGACCUGCUCACUCCCGACUUUCUGAACUCCUUCGUGCGGAGCGGCAGCCUUGUCGGCCUGAGCCUUGACGAUGCUGAGGACGCAGACGUCGUCUGCAUUGACGGGCGAGGCCGACUCGUACUGAGCCUCACAAAGGACACGUACGAAUUGCUGGGCUUGCCUGGUCGAGCGUCAGCCUACGGUACUCUGCGACAACGUUUCGUCGUCGAGAUCUCGCUCGUCGACCCCUCUUUCCGCGCCGGCAAGCCAGGCUUCGAGCGAGUCGAGCGCGCUCUCGCCAACUGGCCGGGACGGACAGACUUGCUCGACGAGCUUGGCGGACAACCUGCUGAGCGGCCGUCGAAGCGCUUCGACUUGAUUAUGAGCUAUGUAGACGAGCAGGACCAACCGCGACCGGUCUCACUCCCGAAGACCACCUGCCACUCCCUUCGACCCUCGUUCACCUCGCACACCCUCUCGUCAAUCUCAGUCCCGAAAGUCGCCUCCUUCCCGCCCGCCACACCGCCUUCUCUCACCAAGAAACCGCGCACCAGCUCCGGCGCUUUCCGUCCCUCGCACGACGGCGACGACCCGACCGCGUUCUGGGAGACGUACCGCGAGUGGGCUGGGCUGGCUUCGCUAGGAGGAGAAGCGGCGGACAAGUUGCGAUGGUCGAACGAAGCGGAGGAGGACGAGUGGGGACUCGAGAGGGAGAAGUGCGAGGAGGGCGAGGUCCAGGUAUUGCGAUGGGAGGGGCUGCUGCAUCCGAAGGUCGUCUUGAUCGCAGUCGAGCGGAUGUUGGAACACGCGGACCUCGCAAAGCAACCCUUUGUCUCACUCACGCUCCGACCGUUCCCUCACGCGUCGCUCUCGCACACUUCAGCUGCCACCGUACCCGUCGUCGGCACAAGCAAGCGACCGAACGGCAAGAAGCGCAAACGCGGACGAGGACGAGGCGAGGAGGAAGAGGCGGACCGAGAUCGGGUUGAGGACCAGGGCGGCUGGGAGAUGGUGCUCGUCCCGCGCGGAGAGGGUAAGCUCGACUGGCAUCUCUGGGAGGGACAGUAG